AUGGGACAUAUCUUUCCAGACAUUGUGGACUGUGCUUCAAGCGUACCCAUGGAUCACAGAAGCAUCCAAAGCAGCAGGACCUGGAAUCACGACGUGUUUCCCAGCUUCGUCGAUGAUCGCACCUCACACUUCGUUAAGGAGCUUAUUGCUGCUUUAGGAAGAGAAGAUAUCCACACUCUCAGAGCAGACAAAACGCUUAAGAACCGAAAGUCCGUUCCGUCAGACAUCUUCAAAGCAAUUGAAGAGUCGCGAACUUGUAUCGUGUUCUUCACAUACAGGUAUGCUGCCUCAGUGUGGUGCUUGGAGGAACUGGCAAAGAUCGCUGACGGCAUUAAUCAACACAUAGUUCUACCAGUCUUCUACCUUGUUCGUCCAUUUGAGGUACAGGAUCAGAGAAAGCAUUACGAACGCGCCUUUACUGAACAUGAAGAAAAAGUCAGAUUCAAUUUAGCCAAGGUACAAAGAUGGAGGCUAGCUCUCAAAAGAGUGGGCUCUAUUCGGGGCUGGCUUUCAGAAGUUAUUGAUGAUAUUGUUAAAUCUGCUACGAGGGCAUUAAGUCGUAAGAAGAGUUCUAGCUUAGUUGGGAUGGGCACUCGUAUAAACGCAUUAGAAAAGCAUCUGAGUAUAGGAUUCUAUGACGAUGAUGUCCGAUUCGUAGGGAUUUGUGGGAUGUGUGGGAUAGGAAAAACGUUUCUUGCUAAAACUAUGUAUGAAAAGAUCUCCGGCCAAUUUGAUGCUUCUUGUUUUCUUUUCAAUGUGAGGAAAGUUGCUAUCAAUCCGUAUGGUCUAAAUCAUCCACAAGAACAGCUUAUUUAUGAAACUCCGAUGGAAGAUGGUUCAAAGAUGCGAGAUGUUGCCCAGGGAUGCACAUUUAUAAGGGAGAACCUAAAACGUUGGAAGACCCUCUUAGUUCUUGAUAAUGUUGAUCAAAUUGAACAAUUAGAGGCUCUGGCUGGAAGUUGUGACUGGUUUGAUCAAGGGAGUAGAAUUAUUAUAACCACUAGAAAUGAGCAUAUUCUUAGAGUGCAUGGUGUGAAUGAAGUUUAUAGAGUUGAACUAUUGAACGGUAAAGAAGCUCUUCAACUUUUUUGUAGCACUGUUUUCAAAUGUAAUGAUCCCAUACAAGGUUAUGAGGAACAAGGCCAAUAUGGUUUAAAUUAUGCUAAUGCCUUCCAUUAG